CCGGAAGCGGGAGCUGUGUGUUCUCAUGCGAACGGGAAGGAGCGUUGGGGCGCCAGAGUCUCGAGGCUGAGACAUUUUCGGGCCCGAAAGGGGAAGGAGCCGCCGCCGCCGCCGCCCGCCCGCCGCGCCCGCCUCCGCCGCCCGCCGGGCCGCCGCGCGCGUCUCCCGCCCCUCCUCACGGCCCGUCCCGCGUGACGCGCGGUCGCCGGGCACCGGGCUGCGGCGGAGCCCCGGCGGCGGCGGCGGCCUGACAGCAUCUCACAGCAAGCGUCCAACUUCUCCCAGUGUAGCCACAGAGUAAACGGCCCAUGACUUCUGAUCAGGACGCUAAGGUGGUGGCUGAACCGCAGGGCCAGCGUGUCCAGGAAGGGAAAGGCGGGGCUCAUCUGAUGAAUGGUCCCAUAUCUCAAACUACUUCUCAGACAAGUUCCAUCCCAGCUUUGAGUCAGGUACCAGCUGCCAAGGUUUCAGAGCUAAACCCGAAUGCGAAAGUAUGGGGGACUCACAUGUUCCACUUGGAGGCAAGUAGUGCAGCAGAUGGUGGCGUGAAUGCAGCAUGGGAGGACCCCGGCCAGGAUGGCCUUGAUGCAGAUGGUAAUGGGGGCAAAAGCCAUGAGGAUGCAGCACUAUCAGAUUUACAGGACGCGGACCAAACAGAGAUGAGCACUUUGGCCGUGGAUCACUCAGAACAAGGAUCAACACCUGAAGACAGUGAAACAGGAGGAAAUGAAUCUCAACCAGAAAACCAAGAAGACCCCCGAGAAGUACUCAAGAAAACAUUGGAAUUCUGCUUAUCUCGGGAGAACCUUGCUAGUGACAUGUACCUCAUAUCACAGAUGGACAGUGACCAGUAUGUGCCAAUCACAACAGUGGCUAACCUGGACCACAUCAAGAAGCUCAGUACUGACAUGGACUUGAUUGUUGAGGUGCUGAGGUCUUUACCUUUAGUGCAAGUAGAUGAGAAGGGAGAAAAAGUCAGGCCAAAUCAAAACCGUUGCAUAGUGAUACUACGUGAAAUAUCUGAAUCCACCCCCGUAGAAGAAGUAGAAGCAUUAUUUAAAGGAGAUAAUUUACCGAAAUUUAUAAACUGUGAAUUUGCCUAUAAUGAUAAUUGGUUUAUCACAUUUGAAACGGAAGCUGAUGCCCAACAGGCUUACAAAUAUCUUCGAGAAGAAGUCAAGACUUUUCAAGGAAAACCAAUUAAGGCUCGGAUAAAGGCAAAGGCAAUAGCUAUAAACACAUUUUUGCCAAAGAAUGGAUUCAGACCUCUGGACAUGAGUCUUUACACACAGCAGCGCUACACGGCCUCCUUCUACUUACCUCCAGUGUACAGCCCCCAGCAGCACUUUCCUCUCUACAGCCUGAUUGCCCCCCACUCAUGGUCUGCCACACACAGCUAUCUCGACCCCCCAUUGGUGACUCCAUUUCCAAGUACUGGGUUUAUAAAUGGGUUUACGUCUCCAACCUUCAAGCCUGCAGCAUCUCCUCUGACUUCACUCAGACAAUACCCUCCAAGAAGCAGGAACCCUAGUAAAUCUCAUCUGCGCCAUGCCAUCCCCAGCACAGAGAGAGGGCCUGGGCUCUUAGAAAGUCCUUCUAUAUUUAACUUCACUGCGGAUCGGUUAAUAAACGGUGUCCGGAGCCCACAAACCAGGCAGACAGGUCAAACUAGAACCCGAACACAGCACCCUCCCACCUACGCCGAGAGAGACGUGGGGCCCGGGCGCGUGGAGCUGACCAGUCUCCAGUCCUCUCCUGGCUUAGGCAGAGGAAGGAAAAAUUCCUUUGGUUAUCGGAAGAAAAGGGAGGAGAAGUUUACAAGGGGUCAGACUCAGUCUCCGACACCACCAAAGCCUCCAUCCCCGAGCUUCGAAUUAGGGCUGUCUAACUUCCCCCCACUGCCUGGGGCAGCGGGUCACUUGAAGACUGAGGACUUGUUUGAAAAUAGACUGUCUGGUUUGCUAAUGGGAUCGUCGAAAGAAAGGACCCUGAGUGCAGAGGCAGGCACGGGCACGAUUUCCCCAGUGACCCCCCGAGAACCCUUGGUGCCGGCUCCCUGUGCUGUGUCCACGACCUAUGAACGCUCCCCGUCUCCAGCACGUUCCCCUGAGGACCCCAAGGUGGUGGAGAAGCAGAGGGAAGCCCCGAGUGUGGACAGACUUUCUUCUGCUCUCAUGAACACCGUGAGCAAAUCGGUGCAGGUCAAUGGCUCUGCCACGGAACUGCGGAAACCUAGCUAUGCAGAGAUCUGCCAGAGGACAAGCAGAGAGCCUUCAUCUCCACUGCCGCCUCCCAAGGAGCAAAAGCCCCACUCUGCUGGCUGUGGGAAGGAAGAGAAGAAGCUUGCUGAAACAGAGCCCCCUACCCCCAAAUCCCACCCAGGACCCCCCAGAGACCAGAGGAGGCCACUGGGGCGCCGGCCCUCACCACCGGCUAUGGGGAAGCGUCCACAUCGAGAACAGAGUCCCCCCCCCAAGUCUCCCCAGUGAAUGUGUGGUCUGGAGGGAGGUGAGCGUGGAAGCAGCCGUGGGGCUGCGUGGUGCCGAGUGAGCCGCUGGUUAGGAGCUUGCAGUCUGAGGGCCCACGAGAGGCCUGAAGUUAUUUUCCUCAGAGUCAGAUUUCCCCCCUCUUGGAAAAAAAAAUCUAUUUUUCAGGAUUUAAUUACUAUAAACCUUAUUUUAGGUUGGUGCUUAACUGGAGGUGAUGUAUAAGUCUGAUUUUUUUCAGGAUAGAAAAUGCAUUUGUCCUAACAAACUGAUAUUUUUUAUUACGCCUCCAUGUGGCAAUGAAUGCAAGCUAUGUAUAGUGAGUUUUUCUAAAUUAAGCGGAACUGUGCUCCUUCACUUUUUUAAUGACUGGUUAGCAAGUGCGUGUCUCUGUGUCCAGAUGCCCAAUGAGGACUGAGCGUUGGGGGUAGGGGGUGGCAGUGACAGUUAUCCAUGGGCGGGGGUGUGCCCUGGAAUUCAGAACUCUCGUAUUCUGGGAAGCAGCCUGGUUCUGACCCAGUGGGCAAAGUGAGCCUGCAGGAGCUCUGAGAGGGCCCCCCUUCCUUCAGUUUGAUGGACUGCAAGCAAGUAACCAGCUUCUCACUCAGUUUUCAAGUGGCUACUAUGUAAGAUAAAUUCAAAGCACAUUGUGAAUAGAACCUAAAUGAAAACAUUGAUGCUCACUGACUUGUUCAUGCAGAAUGGAACCCGAUGCUGUCAUGCUCCCAUGGGUGGCUGGAGUGACCCCACUCUUGAGUGCUCUCCCCUGGAUGGAAACUUGUUGAACAGUCGAGAAUGGUGUUCAGUGGAGGCUAAAAUUUCGCUCUCUCUUACCUCCAAGGGUUUUGCUGAUCCCUGGCAGCACUGCACCCUGAAAAAGAUGUGUGCACUAAAGCUAGCAGUUAUGAUAAAGUUAGACUUCAAUUAUUUUGUUUCAGAUGUCUAAAUUUUUUCCCUUUUAAGUAGUCUAAGCAGCAGACAUUAAAAUAAGCGUAUUUUCUGCUAAAUGUAACCUUACAGUUUAUUCCAGAAAAUGUUAUUUCACAAGACUGAGGGUUUUUUUUUAAACAAUUAUUUCCAUCCAAUAUUUAAAGACUUGAAUUUUAUUUAAACUUGAAAAUGACUUUGCCUUAACUUUUGUAUAAGACAGCUUAAGAGUUCCUGGAGCCCGGCCCCUGGGUUGGUGUGAGUGGGUCAGAGUCCCUCAGUCUGUGGGAUUUGCCGUCACUGGCUUCACUGAGUGAGCAUACUGUAGUACCUACCAGAACUAGCAGUUGUGUUUGUAAUCUGCCCUGAAGAUCUUAAACAGUUGAUCUUUUUUUUUUCAGAUUGUUGAGAAUCCUGUAAAUGCAAAUAGUCGAUACUGUAUUGAAUACGUGCACUUGGGAGUGUGUGCUUUGCUUGUACAGUUGUAAAUAAUCAGAACAUAUUAAAAGGUACCCUAAAGAGAAAAUCUGAUAAAAAUUAUUGAUAUAUUAUAAAUGUUGCUAUUGAGCUGGAUGUAGAUAAACUAAAUGUUGUGGUUUGCAUAUUAUUUUGAUUUGUUGAGGUUUUUCUUUUUCUUUAUACUGAUGUGUUGAUCUGGUUCUGCCUCUUUGCUGCUGCAGAAGGAAGUGUGGAAGGUUUGAAUCAAGACUCCGAUAUUUCCAUACCCUUUAAAGUAUGUAAAUAUGUACUAAUGUAUCUGAUGUGGAAGGGGUUUUUGAAGUAUAAUAUAGCACACAGAAAGUGGCAAGAUCUUUAAGUGAAAGUUAAGCAUAAUCCACUACUUAAAAUAAUCAGUAGCUGAGCAUGAUUGACCUGCCAGAGGGAGGCCCUGAGCAUUUGAUGUUUCCUUCAGCGCAAUUCUUAUUAGUCAAAUAGCUAGAAAUACCCACAGUGCUAUUUUACAAAUACCUGUAAAAUGAAAUCUAGGAACGUGUUUCCUUGUAGUUGUCAGGCUGCUGACUAAAAACAAUAAUUGACCUCUUCUACCCAAACUAAUGCGUACUCUGGAAUGAUCUAGCAAGGCCAGCGAUGCCUUGAGGGUUCCUGAGUGCUGCUGCUUCUGCUCGAGGGAGCAGUUGUUGUCCGGCCCUGUGGAGCAGAAACUGGUCUCUGGUGGUGCCAGCCCCUUUGUCCAGCGGUGGGGCAGCAACAGCUGUCCAUGGGAAGCCACACAGCCAGCUAGGUUCUCGCAGGGCCAGGAGGAAGGUUGCUGGGUGCAGUGGCUGAUGUGGCAGCAGACCAGCAGGUGUCCCGUGUCCCGCCAGUUGCACCAGGUCCCUCUGCUCUCGCCUGUGUGCCCUGAAACCCGUGGGUCUCAUCAAGAGUUAAUCGUGCCCUGAUGUGACUUCUCUAGCCUUGUCUGGAUUUCCAAAUAGGCCUGACAGGGCAGCAUGCGGCCAGCAGCUGUGGCGGGCAGGCAUGUCCCUUUCUUCACGUCACUUUCCUGUCCCUAGCAGUUCGUCAGGGUGUGGAAUCAGGGGGUGUUAACAAGUGACAUUUUAACAUGCACAGUUGUGUGACAAGGCUCACCACUUGGAAAAUGAAAGAAUGAGUAUUGGCCCCGUUUCACCAGACAUGAAUUUCAAGUAGAGUAGUUGUUUUGUUUUUUGCUCCCAGAGUUAGCGUCAUGGCGUUUCUGAGCGGCCCUCCCAGGCAGCCAUCCCUCUUGUCACCAGCAGGUGGCAGAGCGCGUGCAGUGUUGCUGUUAAGCCAAGAUCCGGGCAUGCCCCAGAACCUUGGCAGCCAGGCUGUCUCACCCCCUGUGGCUCUGCCCAGGGCCGCAGGAAACAGCCGACAAUCACCACAGGGCGAUGCUGCCAGGUCCCAGCCUUGAGUGUGCUGUGGGGGCCCGAGGGCCCAUGUUUCUGUUCUUUUCAUUAAGACUGGAAUCAAGCUUACAUAUGUGUAAACUAUUGGUAAUUUAAGUUUCCUUCUGUGUCAGUGUAAAAUUGUCUAAUUUGAAAAAAAUGUAGGUUAUGAAAAAUAAAGAUUUAGGCACUGUUCA